CUGCCCCCCGACUCCACGUCUCCACCGCGACCGCUACAAAUACGAGACGCCCCACACACGUUGGUGUCGCAGCGCCGCGGCACGAAUCGCAAAGCAGACCGCAACCCUAGCCCCAUGGCCGGCGGCAAGCGCCGCCACGCGCGCAACCCAACCGCCGGCGGGCCCCAGCGCGGCGCCGGAGCCGGCCGCCGCCGCCCGGUCCCCGAGCUCCCGUCCUUCGUCUCCCCCUCCUCCGUCGCCGCCGCCUUCUCCUCCUCGUCGUCGGGCGGCGGCCGGCGCGGCCGGCGCUGCGCCGCCGAAGCCGACUCCUCCAACGCCGUCCCUUUCAGCUACCCCGCCCUCCGUCCCUGCUCCUCCCACUCCGAGCGGGCGGCGCAUGCGCUGGAGGUGACCAUCGACACCGCCCCCUGCGCCGACCCGGCCGCCGCCGCCGUCCCGGUGUACUCGUACGGCCCCGAGUUCAUCGGAGGGCUCGGGCUUGGGUUCCAUGAAGAGGAGGACGCGGAUGCGGAGGGGGCCAGUGAGAGUGGGGUGCAUCUCGGGCUAGGAUAUCGGGAUCGCGGCAACGAGGAGAUGGAGGUCGAAUUGGGGGAAUUGGAGGAGGAUGAGGCGUCCUUCAAGACGCCGAAGCAUCAGAAGGGCAAGCGCAAUGCGGGAUUUUUGUUGAUCGGGGGAGUUAGGAUCUACACGGAGGACAUCUCAUCGCCGGAAUCCGAGGGGAUGGGUGACUCCGAUGAGGAAUCAGAUUCCGACGACGAGAACAGAUAUGAUAAUGAUGAUGGCAAUGGAGAUAGCGAUGAGGAAGGCAGUGUGGAUGAGGAGGGGGAUUCGGAGACUGAUGGUGAGUCAUCAGGGUCAGAUUCAGACGAGGAUUUGAGCAUUGAGAAUUCUUCGGUUGAUGAUGAGGUUGUUGCUGAUUACAUGGAGGGGAUUGGCGGGAGUGAGGAGCUGUUAAGCAGUAAGUGGCUGGCUGGUAUGAAUUUGGCUGAUGCAGAUGAGGGAGAGCAGAUGGAUACAGACGAGGAUGAGGAUGGGUUCACGAAGAAGGGGAAGGAGAAGCUUGAGGGUUAUGCUCUAAUGACUGCAUCCGAGCAGUAUGGGAUGAAGAGGCCAAACUCUGCUGAACGCCGGAAGGGAAAAAGAAUGGUUUGUGAUAGGGAUUUGGCAAGUAUGCGAGUGAUGGGGCUGGAGGACAUGCUGAUGGUGAAGGAUGUCCGGAUGGCAAGCAGGUCAAGGAAGGGGGUGAAGACAGGAUCAUCCUCGUCUCAGCUGUCCCGUUCCUGGCCUAAUGAGGGUAGGAAGAGCAAGAAGUAUCACAGUGUUCCAGGUGAAAAAAAGAAGCAUAGGAAGGAACUCAUUGCAAAGAAGCGUCAACAACGAAUGCUAAGUAGAGGGGUUGACUUAGGGCAAAUAAAUACUAAAUUGAGGAAAAUGGUUAUGGAUCAGGUUGAUAUGUUAUGCUUUCAACCAAUGCACUCUCGAGACUGUUCUCAGGUACAACGCCUUGCAUCUAUUUAUCAGUUGAAGAGCGGGUGUCAAGGUUCAGGCAAGAAAAGAUUUGUUACUGUGACGUUAACUGGACAGUCUUCAUUGCCAUCUGCAGAUGGCCAUGUUCGACUCGAAAAGCUUUUGGGGACUGAGCCUGAGGACUUUUCUGUCAACUGGGACAACUCUAAAGGUCCAGCAGGACGGAAGGGCCUUUCGGUUCCAGGGAAGUUGGCGAAGCAUCAUGAGUUCAGUGGAAAGAAAUCAUGUUCCAAGAAACAGGUCUCAUUUGCAGAGCGUCCUGUGUCCUUUGUCUCCUGUGGCACCAUGGUGGAGUCUGUUACCAAGACAAUAGCAGUUGACUCAAGUGGCGGUGAUACCUUAUGUGGGAAAGUUGCUGAAAGCAGCUCUGCCAAGCUCGGCUCGUUUGAGGUGCACACCAAGGGCUUUGGUUCUAAGAUGAUGGCUAAAAUGGGAUUCAUCGAAGGCACCGGCCUUGGCAAAGACAGCCAAGGCAUAGUGCAGCCCAUACAAGCCAUUCAUCGACCCAAAUCUCUCGGACUUGGUGUAGAUUUUGAUAGCGAGGCUGAGGCGAUUAAAGCAAGGACGGAGCCAAAUAAAGUGAGAUCAGAGCCAAAUAAAGUGAGAUCAGAGCCAAAGCGUGGUGCACGACAACUGGAGAUGGGUGGUGUUGGCUCCUUUGAGCGGCAUACGAAGGGUUUUGGAUCUAAAAUGAUGGUGAAAAUGGGAUUUGUACCAGGCUCAGGGCUAGGGAAGGAUGGCCAAGGCAUUGCCACCCCCUUGACCGCGGUGAGGCGACCCAAGUCCCGGGGACUGGGAGCCAAGGACAAAUAUUAACUUAUACCAUGUUUGCUUUCUAUGCAUCUCGCUGUGUACAUGUUACAGCCGUUUGUCUUAA